AAGUGGUGACCAUCGUAGUGUUCGGGGUAGAGUACAUGGUGAGGAUCUGGGCCGCAGGGUGCUGCUGUCGGUAUCGAGGAUGGAGAGGACGACUCAAAUUUGCCAGAAAACCUUUCUGUGUCAUUGACAUAAUGGUGCUGAUUGCUUCCAUUUCCGUCCUGGCUGCUGGAACUCAAGGAAAUGUCUUCGCCACGUCAGCCAUCAGGUCUCUUCGGUUUCUGCAGAUUCUUCGCAUGAUUCGAAUGGACCGACGAGGAGGCACCUGGAAGCUGCUGGGCUCUGUGGUGUAUGCCCACAGCAAGGAGCUGAUCACAGCCUGGUACAUCGGCUUCCUCUGUCUCAUCUUGGCCAGCUUCCUGGUGUAUCUGGCAGAGAAAGAAGACAACGAGCAGUUUGAGACGUAUGCUGACGCUCUCUGGUGGGGACUGAUAACUCUAACAACUAUUGGAUAUGGAGACAAGUUUCCAGUCACCUGGAAUGGACGUCUGCUGGCUGCAACCUUCACCCUGAUCGGAGUUUCUUUCUUCGCUCUGCCAGCUGGGAUUCUUGGUUCUGGAUUUGCUCUGAAGGUUCAGGAGCAGCACAGACAGAAACACUUUGAGAAGAGACGAAAUCCAGCAGCUGGACUCAUCCAGGCGGCCUGGAGAGUCUAUGCCACCAAUCUGAGCCGAACUGAUCUGACGUCAACCUGGGAUUAUUACGAGAGGACCGUGUCGGUCCCCAUGUACAGGUUGAUUCCUCCUCUCAAUCAGCUGGACCUACUGAGGAACCUGAAGAACAAAUCUGGACUUUCUUUCAGGAAGGACGUCCAGCCAGAACCAUCGCCGAGUCAGAAGGUCAGUCUGAAGGAGAGGGUCUUCUCAUCUCCACGAAGUUCAGGAACCAAAGGGAAAGGUUCUCCUCAGCAUGUUGGAGUCACUCCUGGAAUAGGUGUUGGUCCUGGAGUUCCUGGAAUCCCAGGUGGAGUCCAGGCCUUGCGGAGAUCUCCCAGCAUGGAACCCAAUCUAGAGGAGAGUCCAAGCAAGGUUCCAAAGAGUUGGAGUUUUGGAGAACGCAGCCGAACCAGGCAGGCUUUCAGGAUCCGGGGAGCAGCAUCUCGUCAGAAUUCUGAAGUGCUGAUAGAGAUGCAGGAUGAAGAGUUCAGACAGAAGAACUACCCAGAAGCGAGCCUACCAGGUGAAGACAUGGUUGACGACAACAAGAGCUGCCACUGUGAGUUCGUCCCUCAGGAUUUGACACCAGGGUUAAAGGUCACCAUCAGAGCCAUCUGCAUCAUGCGCUUCAUGGUUUCUAAGAGGAAGUUUAAGGAGAGUCUUCGUCCCUACGACGUGAUGGAUGUGAUUGAGCAGUACUCAGCUGGUCACCUGGACAUGCUGGCCCGCAUUAAGAACCUGCAGGCCAGGGUGGAUCAGAUUGUUGGCAGAGGAACGCCAAUUGCAGACAAGGACCGUCCUAAAACAGCCAAUGAGGAGCUACCUGAGGAUCCGAGCAUGAUGGGACGCCUAGGGAAGGUGGAGAAACAGGUCCUGUCCAUGGAGAGGAAGCUGGACUUUCUGGUUAACAUCUACAUCCAACGAAUGGGAAUUCCUCAGGCUGAGACUGAUGCCUACUUUGGAUCCAAAGAACCAGACCCGGCCCCACCAUAUCACAGUCCUGUGGAUCAACUAGAGAAGAGCCAGUCUAUCUCCAAAAUCCUGCAAGUGUUGCCUGGUGACCACAUGGAGAGGACUCGGUUUGUCACUAAGAUGGUUCGCUCAAGCAGUUCAACUGGACACCGGAACUAUACGGCUCCCACUUGCCCACCCUCAACAUCCUGGCAGCCCAUCAGCUCCCAGCUUCAUCAGCAGGCCCCUCCUCCUCAGCGGAGCCACGGUAACACGCCCAGCCCAGUGGGGGAUGCGUCAUUGGUUCGACUGCCUCCCCCUCCUGCUGGAGAGAGACAUGGUGGGAACCGAUCGAAUCGACACAGUACUGGAGACCGAGGGGGGUCUGAAAGACUGGAGCCAGGUGGAGAGCGUGCCAACGGGACCGGAGCUGGGCGUGAGGUGAAGCCUGACAGCGACACCUCCGUCUCCAUCCCAUCAGUGGACCACGAGGAGCUGGAGCGCUCCUUCAGUGGCUUCUCCAUCUCACAGUCCAGAGAGAACCUGGACUUCCUGAACAAUGGAUUAUACUCUUCUGCCGGUCUGGGGGAACAGCAGGGAGGGGGAAGCUCGGCCUGCUGCAACACCGUCCGACCCUACAUUGCAGAGGGGGAGUCAGAUUCUGAAUCUGAGCUCUGUGCCCCCUCACCACACUCAGACCGGGCCUGGACCAGUACGAAAUGAAAAAAGAUAACCCUAAACCAGCAAAACUGUUUAGAUCAGAUUCGUUGAACUUUAAACACCAGCUAGAGGGUCAAAGAGAAGCAUUCUGGGAGCUGAUGACAUCAUAUUUGUACAAUCACAUGCUCGCACCUGAUUGGUUCACCACAGUGUCAGUGUUCUGAAUUUGGUACGGUCCACAAGGGAGUGCCACAGGGGUCAGUCCUUGGUCCCCUCUUAUUCAUUAUCUACAUGAAUUAUCUGGGUCUGAAUUUCUCAGAUGACAAUCACAUCUUUAUGCUGAUGGCACAAUUAUUUACUGUUGCACAUCAACUCUUGCUCAGGCAAUUGAUUAUUUGCAGAAAGCUUUUGACGUUAUACAGAACUCAUUUUUACAGCUGAAGCUUGUUCUUAAUUCAAUUCAAUUUAUUUA